CCUGCUUCCUCCAUUAGCUAUGCUCCUUGGUGUCCAGCUUGUCAGCAAAUUGAAUUGACAUGGGAGACUUUUGCAAAGGAAAGUGAACCUCUAGAUAUCACUGUGGGAAAGGUGGAUGUCAGUCAAGAACCAGGCCUGAGUGGUCGUUUCUUUGUCACAACACUGCCUACAAUUUACCAUGCAAAAGAUGGAGUAUUUCGCAGAUAUCGAGGCUCACGGACACUGGAGGAUCUUCAAGGUUAUGUUUCAGAGAGAAAAUGGGAAGCUGUGGAGCCUGUAGCAGGAUGGAAGUCUCCCUCUUCUAUAAUGAUGCAUGGCAUGGCAGGACUCUUCCAUCUCUCUGGGUGGAUCCGGCAAAUUCAUAGCUACCUCACUGGCACUCUUGGACUUCAUGUUUGGGUUUCCUAUGCAGUGUUUGUCUUAACAACCUUAUUGAUUGGCCUGACCCUGGGUUUGGUAUUGGUUUUGAUUUCAGACUGCCUUUGCCCAUCCAAGACAAAAAACAGAGAUGAAACAUCUGACGAAGUGAUUGAAAAGGAGAAUGUGGAAAAUGCUGCAUUAGAAGAACCAGAGGAGUCUGCAGAGCUUUCAGCAGAUGAUGUAGAAGAAACUGCAGAGGUAAAGGAUCUUUCAGAUGCAGAAGAUGCAGCAAAUUCAAGUGCUGAUGACUUGGAAGAAGACUUGAUACUUGCUAAAGAAUCAGAGGAAGAAGAAACAGAAGACUUAAGUGAACAACGUUUAGCUGAUUCAGAGACCGAAAGCUCAGUAAGACAGCGUAGAAGUCAGGUGGCUGAUAGUGGCCUAUAGUUGUUAUGGUGGCAUAUUUUGUACCCUUGGACCAAAGAAGUAUCAGAACUUGGGUUGGAAGCUGAGGCUUACGUUUGACUUGUCACUUUUGUUUACGCAGAACCUCUGCUCUGUCAGUAGGCUUUUUU